UACACCGGAGACACCGGAGUGUACGCAGCGUGUGUAUAGCAGGCAGGGAGAUAUUCCCUUUGUGUUAAUUGUAUUAAGUAUGUAGGUGUUCAAACUGAACGGAGGGAAAUGGAAAUGUAGAAGAGACACGUUUCAGAAGUGAUGUUUCGCAUUAUUGAUUGUCAGAAGUUCUAAAAUGAGAAAGAAUUUCUAUAAGAAGCCAGUAAAAUUUAAGAAUCAAAACUAUGAAAAGUUACACAAGCAUUACCACGAUGUGUUAAAUGCUCUAUAUGGUGAUCCUCACUUUCCUCCAACCUCUUCUAGCAUAGGGAGCUCAGACGCUGGAAGUAUAAAGUGGAAUCGGCCGGGGGAAAUAUGUUCAUUUCCUUGCCUGUAUGCUGAGCAAGUCAGCUCUAAAUCUGUGAUUGCAGGACGCAUGAGCAGUAACUGGAUUGUGUCUGCCUUGUCGGUGUUAGCUACAGUUGGUGAACUGUAUCAUAAAGUAAUUCCUGAAUACAGACAGCAAGAAUGGGAUCCAGAAAACAACAAUUAUGCUGGCAUUUUCCACUUCAGAUUUUGGAGGUUUGGCCAGUGGGUGGAUGUAGUGGUUGAUGAUCUGCUCCCAACCUGUGAUAAUGAACUGCUCUUUACACAGUCCUCUGUACAAAAUGAAUUUUGGAUUCCCCUUGUUGAAAAAGCCUAUGCCAAGCUGCAUGGUUCAUAUGAAGCGCUUGCAGAUGGCCAUCUUGCAGAUGCUUUGGUGGAUUUCACAGGUGGUGUCAGUGAAACUCUGGAUCUCAAGGCAAAUGAUUACAACGAACAAGAAGAUAAACAUUCCAUAUUAUUUGAGAAGCUCUUGGAAGAAUUCAAAGACCAUUCUGUCAUGUGUUCAGUUAUCACUAUAUCGAGCCCUAGUCAGAUGGGAAAAAGGAAUGAAAUGGGAUUAAGCCAAGGUCAUGCUUAUGCCAUAACAUUUGUGAAGAAGGUUAAAAUGGGGGAGACUUCAUUACGAAAACUGUUUCGGGGCAGGGAAUCUUUUCCCAUGGUUAGACUUCGAGAUCCUCGUGGUGAUGGUCGCAUGUCCGGUACUGAAUCCAGAAGCAGUAAUGUUGAGCAGAAUGGCUAUGCAUAUUCCACUUCUCAGCUCACUCGUCUUUGUUCCAAAAAUCGAGAGUGGUCCAGAAUCAAAGAUACAGAGAGAGAGAGACUGGGACUGACCUUGGAUCAUGAUGGAGAAUUUUGGAUGCCCUUGGAAGACUUUGUGAGUAACUUCAAUGAGCUUAUCAUCUGUAGACUGUUUAAUACCAACGUGUUUGCCAUCUCACGAACUUGGUAUGAGAUGGUUGUGAAAGGGGAAUGGAGUGUAGGCGCAAAAGGAACCUCACAAGAUAGAAGCGGUGGUGGUCCCACCUUUAUAAAUACCUAUCUCAGGAACCCACAGUACAUGUUUGACAUCAAGAAGAAGGAGGAAGAAAUUGUGAUACAGAUGUUGCAGGAUUCUUCUGUUGGGCCUCCUGGAACAGUUGGGCUGCAGCGUCAUCUCAUAGGCUUCAUAGUCAUAAAAGUAGAGGAAAACAGAAAGUAUCGGUUACAUAAGCAGUGGCAUUACCUGCCAACAGUCAUUGCAGUUGACCACAUACGCAGACGUGAACUGUAUUAUCGUGGUUAUUUAUGCAGAGGACGGUACAUCAUCAUCCCUUCAACAUACAAAGCUGAAGAAACUGGAGGUCAUAUGGUUCGCAUGUUUUCAGACUCAGAUAUCAAUUUAAGAGUUGUCAAACGUGAUGAACCUCGGAGGAAUAUCUUUGCUUGCAUUGGGCACAAUGCUCUUUGGGUCACUGUCAUCAACAUUAAGUCUGGAGAAAAUCUGAAAAGAAACACUGGGGGAUGCAAUCCAUAUUGCGUCAUUACUUGUGAAGGUAAGAAAGCUAAGACACCAGUUGUGAGGAAUACUGAAAAUCCUCUAUGGAAUUCAUCCUUCGUGUUUUACCGGUCUUCACCUUCCAAACCACUGACAAUUAAGGUUUACAGUCAUCAGACAUUGCUUAGAGACACCUUCCUUGGACAGGUUGGAAUCCCUGCACCACUUAACCACGAACCAACACUUCUCCGGAUCAAUUUGACAUUAGAUGAUUGCACAGAAGGAUCUCUGGAGCUUUAUGUACUCACUGAUGAUAACUUCUUAACAGUGUAAUUGUUGGAUAAGAUAUAAAUAUAUAAAUGUGAUAAUAGAAGAUCACAUAAGCCUACUUUAGGAAAGUAGGCUAAGAAGUAAAGGUGACAGAAAUUCUUAUGAAAUACACUUAUUAUAGAAGAGAACAGGUAGACAUGAAUAUAAUGAAGUCCUACAUCCCAGAAAUUAAAAAAAAAAUAUUGUUUAAGUGUUUCUGUAGUAAUUCUACAAAUGUUAAUAGUGAACGUUUCUUCCUUUGAAAUUCUGUUCACAUUGCUGGCUCAUCUUUGACUAUUACAUGCAUAUACAUAAGGUCCAUGGUGUCAGCAUUGCACAGAGCAAAUGUCAGUCAUGCCCAUGAGGUACAUUUUCUGCACAUUUGUAUCACAAGCAUAAUAGUCGAGGAAUAGUUUUUCUUUGUGCUUCCAUGAUAAUGAUUUGCACUUCCAAGAGAUCUGAAACUCCAGAAAGCACAAGAAUAUUAGGCAGUACUUUCUAGCAUCAUGGUCAACUCAGGCAAUGACAAUGAGUGGUUUCAUUUCUCCACAACCAAUAUUAAUGAUAAUUAAUUAAUUAUAAUCAUAUCAGUGGCGCUAUUUUUUAUAAUUAUAAAUGUAUUUUAUAAAAAAAGAGGGUUGUACACUCCCAAAGGUUAUGUUAUAGUAAUUGCACAUGGCUAAAUUUGGUGACAGAUAAUUUCACAUAAUGCAUUAGGAGCUAUUAGCAAAAGCACAAAUAUUUGCAUUAUGACUGAAAAGAUAAAGUGUGUAGAAACUCAAACUAUUUAGUUAUGAAUAUAUUACAGUUGCAUAUUCAGUAUCCUGAUCCUACGUUUAAAACCCAUGUAUGCUUGGCAUAUGCUUCCUGUACAGCCUUUGAGCAAACUCAGGAACUGUGGCCAUAACAAAACUUGAUCUAUACAGUGACUAUUUCCCACUUCAGUACAUGAGUAUGUUGAUAUUUGAUUAUCAUGUUCAAAUAACGUAACAUCUCUAUGUUGGAUAUUGUCAUACUGUAAAUGAAGUAUCUCAAUAUAGCUUACCCAGCUCUGUUCUGAAUGUGGUCACUGUGACAGGGCCAUUCUCCUGCUGGCUGUUGACAGUUUAAACCUGUGGAAAUUAUAUGAUGUAUAGGGAUUGUCUGUUUUUACAUGGAAAGUAUUAAGCACAGUUACAUAUCAUUUAUAAUUAUCCUGUCUUUGAUGCUCCAUAAUGUACACAGUUGAUACAGAACUUUUAAAUACACCAAUAAAGAAACUGUGAUCUUUUUAUUCAGGUUGAGUGCUGAGCAGUGAUGAUAUAUGUUAUGAAAGGGUUAACAGUGUAGAAUGUACAAAGUGACAAGUUAUGCUUGUAUUGCAAUAUGGAAAUACUUGCAUGAUGUACGAAAGGAGUAUGGUUAUGUUCCACAUAGGAUGAUGAAUGCUGAUAUGAAUGAGAUACAGUAAAUAUAUGGUAUGGAUGAACAUAGAGUUUAUUGUUCCUCGAAGGGAGUUUUAUAUUAUGUUAUCUUAUUUUAUAUAUGUUAUUUCCACAUAUCAGGGCACUCAGUAGCAUAGUUCGUUGAGGCACUAUGCUACAAGCUGGAAGGUCAUGGGAUCGAAUCCAAAUGAGGUGGAU